AUGACGGACGCAAGUGCGUCGGUUUUCCCGGUCGAUAACGUCCCUUAUGCGUCAUUAAUCCACCUCGAGUUCUGCUAUCGUCAAGUGGAUACUGUCCUUGCUCUUUUCUAUGGUGUUGCUUGUUUUUUCUCCUUUUGGGCUUUUGCCAUGCAUGCACAGUCACCUUCACGUCAGGCUGCUACGCUUGGUUUCUAUCUACUAAUGGGACUCGCCUCGCUUACUCGUGUACUAUGGUUUGCCACACCUUACGGUGUCCAGUCAGUACUUGUGGCACCACGACGGAUCAUCAUGGGUGAAGAUGGCUGGGCGCAGUUUCUAGUGGCAGAAAUUGUUGAGUUACUUGGCUCCUUUCUACUCUACAGUGUCUUUAUGCUCAUCGUUGUCUUCUGGGCAGACAUGCUACGUCGUCUAUUUACUCAUGAUAGUGUAAGGUCGCAUCCAUUACGGCUCUUUUUCUCCAUUCUGGGUACUAUGGCAACGAUUCAAGCAAUCGGUUUUGCAAUGUUUGCAGCGAAAAGGGUGGACUCGUACUGGCUCAUGAUCUACGACGAUGUCGUCAUGUGUCUACUAUCGAUUGGCUCGUUGGCAGCCGUGCUGGUAUACUCGUUCAGGAUGAAGACCGUUUUGCAAGCGUUCCUGGAGGUUAGCCAGAUUGAUACAACCGACAGGAUUAAGGCAGUUAACUGGGCGACGUCCGUUUGCGCAUUCUUUCUCAUCUCCAACACGGUUUUUCUCACGUACUCGAUCGUGAGCCUUGCGCACUUCCAUCAAGCAGGAGUUUACCUUGAGUCAAAGUGGUGGUGGCUUUUUGUAGCAUCUAAGCAUCUGGUGGAGAUCUUCGUCUUGUACUUCCUACUGUAUACUUUGUGGGGCAAGAGCUCGGACGAUGCAGAGAACUCGAAGGAUGGAUACGAACCUAUUCCCGAUGGAAAUUAUCUCGACGAAAACGACAUUAACGGUAUUAACUCGUCAGCCUCGAUACCUAGUACGCCAAUGCGUUACCGCUAG